GCUGUGCUGAAUCCAUACGGAGGACUUCGCCCUAAUUCCUACUUAUCGCUAUCCCAUUUCGACUUACAAAUUAGAGCGAGAGAUCGGACACCAGAGUCAUGACUCAAGUCACGAGCAGGACACGAUAAACAAAUUGACGUCCUUUUGAAGUCCACACUCGACCUAAGGUUGUUGUCUAUAGUCUUUAGUGACGUGCGUGUUUGAUCGAUAAAUCCAUAAAUGAAUAAUUAUAGUUUUCUAAAAUCGAAAAACGCACAUAAACAAAGCUAAAUAAUUAGUAAUGAAUUCAUCGAGCAAUAACUCAUUAACCAGUGAUAAUGCUCCUAAUAACUGUUUAAAUUCAAAACUAAGAAGAUUAAAAAUACAGGAAAGUGUUUUAUCUGCGACUGUAAAUAAAUGUUUUUUACUAAAUGCAGAAGAAAUUGACGAAAAAAUCAAAUAUGAUAGUGACAUGCAACUCAAAAAAUAUUUUUCUACACUAAAAGAGAAAUUUCGAGAAGUUAAACAUUUAUUUGAAGAUAUAACAUUGAAAACAAAUGACCAGUACAUGGAAAAAUCAGAUAUCGAUGAAUUAAAAGGAGAUAUCCUGGAAUUAGAAACCAAAAUAAAAACAGUGAAGCAAUUCAUAGCUAGUGAAUUACAAAAUUUACGAAAUGAAGAAGUCGCUUUAAUGGAGAUGCGAGAAACUUCUGAAACACUAUCAUAUGAAGAACGAAAGAUAAACAAACGUAAUUUAUCCCAAAUAAAAGGCUAUAAAGAAAUAGUACCUAGUCCCGUGCGAGUUAUGAUUCAUUCACCAUUUAAAUGUUCUGAGGUGCAACAGUUUCAAGAUUUUAUGAAAAACAGUAUAAAUCGUUAUGGAGGUUGGAACGAGUAUAGUCAUAACAUUUUUAUUCAUAUUUGGAACAAAUACUAUGGAGAUAAUAAUAUGAUGAUUGCAGUGAAAUCAAUUGAAGAAACAUUUUCAUAUCAAGAUUUUAAAGAGGAAGUUUUGCGCGAAAUUCCAGGGACAAGUUGUGACAGCAUAGAUUCGCAUAGCAAAUGGUAUUCUGAAUAUCUUCACCUUAAAACGAAUCAACAAAAAGCUCUUGAUAAAUGGAAGGAAAAUAAAAGAAAAAUUAAGCCCGCGCGAAAAGCACUGUCAUUAGAAAUUGAUGAGUCAACAACAGGUGGAUUAAAAUCUCCAAUCAACACUAAGCUAUGUAGAAAACUUAACAAUGCAAAUGAUGGAAACAUAAACAACAGAAGGGAUUGCUCAUCUUAUGAUGUAUUCGCCGGAAAAGCCGCGAAGCGCAAUAUCAUCCAGCGAAAUAAAAAUAAUACUUCAGAUGAUACGACUAAAGAAAGUACAGGAAUCUUCUCUGCAGAAGAUCAAUAUUUAAGCAAAAAAUUAGAUAUCAGCAGAUUAUUAAGACCAACUAAGCGGUGGUUAAUAAAGCAAGAAAGUAAAAAGGAGCCUUAUGAAUUUAAAGGUGUUGAAACUAUUUCCAAAUUGCAUAUACCAACAUGGCGUAAGAAUUUGAGUAAAUAAUAAUUAUUAUUAGUGUUAAGUAAGACUAAAACUAGUUACUAUUAUUUUACUAAUGCAUUUAUUAUAGUUA